UAAAAUGCCAACAAGUCCCCUCGAAACCUUCUUCCUAUACACAAACAAAAACACACGAACUCAAAUGGCAGAAUCGGUGCCGGAUUCACUCCACCUGAAUGUCACCAAACUGCCGUCCGAUUCUCUAGAUCUCCCUGUGAAUGGUGGUCAUGGCAGUUACAGCUACUCCAAAUAUUCCUACUAUCAGAGACUAUCUGCAAGUGUUGAAAACACAAAAAUUGAUGAGGAAAUUGCUGAGAAGCUUGACGUAUUAAGCUUCUGUUCUACUACCAAAACAAUUCGUUUGGCAGAUUUGGGAUGUGCAACCGGACCAAACACAUUUUUUGCCAUGCAAAAUGUAAUCAAAGCUAUUAUUCACAAGUAUCAAUCCCUAUCCCCCACAUCUCCAUUGCCUGAAUUCCAAGUGUUUUUCAACGACCAAGUCUCCAACGACUUCAACACACUCUUCGUCGCUCUCCCGCCGGAGAGAAAAUACUUUGCAGCCGGCGUGGCGGGUUCUUUUCACAACCGGUUAUUCCCAGAAUCCUUUCUUCAUUUCGUGCAUAGCAGUUAUUCUCUCCAGUGGCUCUCUGCGCUGCCUCAAGAGCUGAGUGACAAGAACUCUCCGGCGUGGAACAAGGGGAGAGUUCACUACACCAGUGCCCCUGACGAAGUCUUUCAUGCAUAUUCAACUCAAUUUGCAAAGGACAUGGACAACUUUUUGAAUGCUAGAGCAAAAGAGCUUGUGCCUGGAGGAAUGAUGGUGCUUAUCUUGUCCGGAAUUCCUAAAGGGAUGCCUUACUCUCAGCUCCCCGCCGGUACGAUGUAUGACUUGCUUGCAACUAUCCUCAUGGAUAUGGCAGCAGAGGGCCUUAUUAAGGAAGAUCAAGUGGACUCCUUCAACUUGCCUUUUUAUGCUGUUUCUCCGGAGGAGAUGGCAGGGUUGAUAGAGGGAAAUGGAGGUUUUAGCAUAGAGAGGAUGGAGUUAACGAACCCGGCAACAUGGUUGAAAGGCCCAGUUGACAUACGAACAUGGAUUAUGCACGUCAGGGCUGCCAUGGAGGGAAUGUUCAUCAAACACUUUGGGAGGGAGAUUAUGGAUGAAAUGUUUGAACGAUUGAUAACAAAACUUGCAGACCAUUCUGAGCAGCUCGAAUCAAGAUCCCAGGAAAGAGUUCAACUAUUUGUUGUAUUAAAGCGUAUAUGAUGAUGAGUACGAAUGCAAUUUCAUAUUAUCUUAAUUAGUACUCAUCAUUUCAUGCUUAUAAUUUGUUUGAUUAUGACGCUUAAUAUGCUUAUUUAAUUUACUUCUUUGUGAGACCAGGUUUGUGACAUGAAUAAAUUUGAGAAAAUAUUAGCA